GGGGCGGCCAUGAGGGCUGCGGGGCCGUGCGGGGAGUGCGGGGAGCGGGACACGGGCCGGUACCGCUGUCCGCGCUGUGCCGCCUCAUACUGCUCCGUGCGGUGCUGCCGGACCCACCGCGAGCGCUGCGCGCCGCGUCCCGACGGGGAGCGGGACAAGGGGCAGGCACCCCCCCCGGCCCCGCCGAGUCCCGCACACGGCCCCUGGUCCCUGGAGGACAUCCUGGGCGAGGAGGACGAGCAGGACCGAGUCCCGCUGCAGAAACUCAAGCUUUUAGGGGAGUCAGAAGAACUGAGGGCUUUGCUGCUGAACCCACACCUCCGGCAGCUGCUCCUCACCAUCGACCAGGCAAAAGACAAAAGCUCCCUCAUGAGGAAGUUCAUGCAGGAGCCCCUGUUUGUGGAGUUUGCAGAUUGCUGCCUGAGCAUUGUGGAGCCUCCUGAGAAGGAGAACAUCCUCCCCGAGUGAGCACAUUUUCCUUUCCUUGAGGUUUUGUGCUGCAGAGCUGCUCCAUUCGGUGCCUCUCCUCGGGGUCUGGUCUGUGAUUUCAGUUUGGAGUUGACAGUGAGAGAUUUCUAGAGACUGGGGCUUGAACUUGACACUCUGUGGACCUGCUUUGUGUGGGUACAGAAAUGCUGGCAACCGUGGGAAAUGUUACUUCACAGUGACAAUAUUAAAUAUAGUUGCGUUUAUUUUUAAUCAACAAA